CUGCGCACUGACGGCUCAGCAAUGGCGGCGCCCGAAAAGCCUCUGCGGAGGCGCAGGGUGAGAGCCGCGGACCCGGGUCCCGGGCCGUCCCCGGACUCCGAGAAUGAUCAGUCCGGCUGCGCCGAGGAUCUCUUCGAGGGCACCUUCUGGCUCACCCGGAUCGUGCUCCUGAGGUCCCUGGCUUUCGUCUACGGUGUGGCCUUCCUGGUGGCUCUGUGGCAGAACAAGCCACUGAUUGGGACACGGGGCCUGCUGCCCUGCCACCUGUACCUGCGACAGCUGCAGCAGCAUUUCCGGGGCCACAAUUGGAAGGCCAUGGGUGCGGCACCCACCCUGCUCUGGCUGCUCGACCCGGCCCACAUGGACUCCAACCUGGAUGCCCUGGCACUGCUGGGCCUGGGCAUCUCGGUGUUUGUCCUGCUGACUGGCUGUGCCAACAUGUUGCUCAUGGGGUCCCUCUGGGUGCUCUACAUGUCCCUGGUCAACGUGGGUCAGAUCUGGUAUGCCUUUGGGUGGGAGGCCCAACUCCUGGAGACGGGGUUCCUGGGCAUAUUCCUUUGCCCGUUCUGGACACUGUCCCGGCUGCCGCGGUGGACACCCGUGCCGUGGGUGGUCUUGUGGGGAUUCCGGUGGCUCAUCUUCAGAAUCAUGCUGGGAGCGGGUCUGAUCAAGCUUCGCGGUGACCAGUGCUGGUGGGACCUGACCUGUAUGGACUUCCACUACGAGACACAGCCAGUGCCCAACCCUAUGGCCUACUUCUUGCACCACUUGCCCUGGUGGUUCCACCGCCUGGAGACACUCAGCAACCACUUCCUGGAGCUCGUGGUCCCCUUCUUCCUCCUCCUGGGGCGGCGCAUGUGCAUCCUGCACGGGGCCUUGCAAACCCUCUUUCAGGUGGUUCUCAUCAUCAGUGGCAACCUGAGCUUCCUGAACUGGCUGACCAUGGUGCCCAGCAUCGCCUGCUUUGACGACGCUGCCCUGAGCUUCCUGUUCCCCUCUGGGGCCGGCAGUGUCAAGGACCGAGUCCGGAAGCUGCAGAAGGAGAUGCUGGAGACCCCGCGCCCACAGACCUACAGCCACUUGGUGCGGCGCGUGGUCAAUGUCCUGCUGGCGGUCCUGUUGGCUGCGCUCAGCGUCCCUGUGGUCAUGAACUUACUGAGCCCCGGGCAGGUCAUGAAUGGCUCCUUCAACUCACUCAGAAUCGUCAACACCUAUGGGGCCUUCGGCAGCAUCACGAAGGAGCGCACAGAGGUGGUCCUGCAGGGCACAGCCAGCAGCAACGCCAGCUCACCCGAUGCCCUGUGGGAGGAAUACGAGUUCCCCUGCAAGCCAGGUGGCCUGCAGCGCCGGCCCUGCCUCGCCUCACCCUACCACCACCGCCUCGACUGGCUCAUGUGGUUCGCCGCCUUCCAGACCUACGAGCAGAAUGAGUGGAUACUGCACCUAGCAGGCAAACUCCUGGUCAACGACCCUGACGCCACCUCACUGCUGGCCCAAAAUCCGUUCCAGGGCCGCCACCCACCCAGGUGGAUACGCGCAGAACACUUCAAGUACAAAUUCAGCCGGCCGGGAGGUGUGCAUGCUGCGGAGGCCAAGUGGUGGAUCCGCAAGAGGAUCGGCCCCUACUUCCCUCCUCUCAGCCUCUCCGACCUCAAAGGCUAUUUCCAGUCCCAGCACUGGCCCCUCCCAGAGCUUGCCACUAAGGGGAAAUAAAGGGGCCUCACCAGGUCA